GAAGAGCAAAGUUGGAAUUUUACUUUCAAGAACAUCAAAACACUGGAAAGUGUAGCAUAUUUUUGACCCCAACCGGUACAAAAGGCUGGGCUUUACAUAUUUUGGACUCUUUUUUUAUGUCACUGCAAUGGGCCGGCCAUGGAUGGCUGAAUGAAUGUGGAUGUCAUCUUCUUUGUUGGUUCUCACUCUGUUCUCAGCUUUGGCUCUGCUCUGCGGCACUCUUAUCCUCCUUGUAAUCCAUCCUGAUUCCUGAAGCUGCUCUUCUUUUGUUUGGGAUAAUCUUCUAUGGAACAUGCUUAGAAACUCGUGACUGUCGUCGGAUUUGUUAUGGUGUGGCCAACAACCAACUAUAGAGCCAAAAUAACCGGAAAAGUUUUGCGUUUUGAGAGAUUUCCGGUUUCAGGUUGUGAAGAUGAAUGAAAAACUGGUCCUGGGUCUCGGGGGAAUUGGGACUGUGAAUGUGAAUUGGAAAGGACUGUCAUCGAUGAAGUAUGGUUCAGCUUCGGUUUCAACGAGGAAGCCAAAGUCGGAGCCGAAUCCAAGCCGCCGUUUGCGGUGUCCAUCAUUGAUGAUGGAAACGACCGCCUCCCAAGUCACUGGCUCCGAAUCUGGAACUAGUGCAUCCACCUCAAAAUCCAUGCCUCGUCGUCUCAUUCUCCUUCGUCAUGCGGAGAGUUCCUGGGAAAAUCCUUCACUGCGAGAUCAUGAUCGUCCCCUAAGCCAAGCUGGGCGUGCUGCUGCUGUCAGUGUUUCUCAAAAGCUCCAACAACUGGGUUGGAUUCCUGAACUCAUUCUGUGCAGCGAUGCAGUGAGAACAAAGGAGACGUUAAAGAUUAUGCAGGAACAAGCGGAAGGCUUGUUGGAAGCGGAGGUCCAUUUCAUUUCAAGCUUUUAUUCUAUUGCAGCUAUGGAUGGCCAAACUGCCGAGCAUCUUCAACAAGCUAUUUGUAAAUAUUCAAGGGAUGACAUCCUCACCAUCAUGUGUAUGGGACAUAAUAGGGGAUGGGAGGAGGCAGCGUCAAUGUUUGUAGGAGCCUCCAUAGAACUGAAGACAUGCAAUGCUGCUUUACUUGAAGCUGCAGGAAAAUCUUGGGAAGAGAAUUCAGUGCUGCAAAUUUCACAAAGGAAACAUUUUCUUGGUGAGGGAGACACGGAUAAAUAUUUUCAUUUGUUGAAAAGUGCCGCAAGCUUUGCAAAGGAAACGUUUUCUUGGUGAGGGAGACGGAUAAACAUCUUCAUUUGUUGAGGGCGCUAACAAAGCAGAGAUUUUACUUUUAGACAAUAAUGUUUGCUAUUUACUUCUGCUAGUUGCUUAUUAAUGUGUUAUUUUGGCAUCUUUUGAGCAAAAAUAUUUAUAGAGUAAGUUUAGACUAAUUACCUGCAAUCAGGCAGUUGCCUUGGACCCCAACAUCUUAGGAAGGCCUCGCCAACAAAGAGAAUUCAUUAAGUUGGUAAAUUAUUUUUCUAUUCUCCUUAGUCAAAGACCUAAAUUUUCUCCAAACCCUUAAAAGAUGGUAGGUUCUUUCUCUCUAAAUCCUUAACAAGUUGGAGAAUUUUAUACUCUCUCACCCUCAUAUGCCUUUCUCAUUCUCUUCUCUCAGACACAUGCCCCACUUAAAUCAGUUCAUCUCUCCCAUCUUUCUAUUCUCACGGCAUUUUCUCUAUAAUCCACACCUCUACUUUUUUUUUAAUAAAUAAUAUAGAUUUUAAUAUUUUACUAUUAGUUGUAUUUUAGCAUGUGAGGAUUUGAAUCUUCAACCUGUUCAAACUUCUAACAAGUGGCUACCACAACAAGGCUAAGAGCUACUUCUUUAUAAUCCAUACCUCUACUUGAAAACUCCAUUGCAGAAGAUCAUUGUAUCUUUUCAAAUUGUGUUCAUAUUGCUUGUGAAAAAUUUAUUUUGUAGUUUAAAGCAUAUCUAACUCUCUAACAAGAGUUCAACUGCAUAUUUUCCUAUAUUUGGUGUUUAUGAUACUCUCUUAAGCUCUAGGUAGGGUUAAAAACAAAGAUUGUUGGUUUUCGAAUUUUUUUUUUUUUUUAAAAUAGGUAUUGUUUAAAUUCUUGCCUUUUGCCUAAAACUAGCAUGAUACGGUCCUGUUGCAGUAGCUCACUCUUAUUGUUCAUUGGACAAAAUUCAUUACUCAAUAUUUGUGAAUUUUCCUCAAUAUUUAUCUACACC